AUGACCUUCUAUACAGAAGGCAUGGGUCGACAAUAUGUUCGGGGCCGGGAGCCGACCGUCGACGAUGUGAUGAAUGAUUGGACGGAAAAAUUUUGCGUCUACAACGAUGCCAAAAUCUUCAUCUCGACGUUCAAUGUCAACGGGAGGCCCGCACCGCACCAUGGCAUCCCCGGAUGGAUCCCUCAAGAAGUUCGCCCGGACUUUUUCAUUAUUGGGCUCCAAGAAAUGGACCUCUCCCUCGGCACCCACAUCAGCAGCAGCUCGAAGCGGGAGCACGAGUGGUUGGAAUGUGUCCGGGCGUCUCUACCAAAACAAGGGCAUGGUCAUACGCUGGUUGCCUUCCAUCGGUUAGCGGGCAUCCUGAUCGUCAUGUUCAAGAGCAGCGACACGAAAGUGAGGCUGUCCGACGAGUUCACCAGCAUGCUCCCCACCGGCAUCUCCGUCAUGGGCACCAAGCUCGGCAAUAAGGGCGGUGUCGGGAUUUCGGUGAAAAUGAACGAUUCCCGGAUAUGCUUCAUCAAUUCACAUCUAGCGGCCGGCAAUGGUGAAAUGGAAAGACGGCAUCAGGACCAUCGCGACAUCACCGGACUGGUAUUUGGGCGAUACCCCAAUACCUAUUCCCUCUUUGACCACGACGUCGUAUUCUGGUGCGGCGAUCUGAACUAUCGGUUGGCGCUGGAGGGCGUCGAGUCGUUUUCUCUAAGGGCAGCAGUUAUCGAACGGGCAAACACUAGGCCUGCUGAUUUGUUCCCGUACGAUCAGUUGUUCAACGAGAUGAGCGCAGGACGGGUGUUUAUUGGAUUCCGGGAAUCGGUACCCCAAUUUCGGCCCACCUACAAGUAUGAUGUUGGAACGUGUAUGUGGGAUAGCAGUGAAAAGGCUCGAGUCCCCGCAUGGACCGACCGAAUUUUGUGGAAGAAGCGCGACCCUCUGAUGAAUGUCAACCAAAUAUCAUACGACUCCCAAAUGAGCGUCAUCGUUUCCGAUCACAAGCCCGUAUAUUCCCUCUUCCACGUGGGGAUACGUGAGAUGGAUCAAGUGAAGGCCGAUGAGCUCUACAUUCAAGCCCAGCGUGAGGUUGACCGCCGAGCCAAUGAGCUUCUUCCGCAAAUUGAGCUGACAUUAACGGACAUUGACUUUGGAGAGGUGUUCUAUCUGGAGCCGAUCUGCAUGGUGGUGCCCAUCAAAAACGUCGGAAAAUCGACCGUCAGGAUGAACUUUGUCCCACCGCACACAAAAUCGACGAUCAGCGCGGCAUGGCUGCAAGUGACACCGUUGAAUUAUACGCUGAAUCCAGGCGAGGAGAUGCAGAUCUCCUUGACGGCUGCCAUCGAGAAUAAAGAAUCGUGGUCGGCGUUUUCCAAAAAUCAAGACAAACUCCAGGAUAUUUUGGUGUUGCGGCUGGAGGGUGGACGUGAUCACUUCAUCACGGCCAGCGCCAUCUACAAGCCAAAGGUCUUUGGUGUGACGCUGGAGCACAUUCUGAAGCGAAGCCCUAGCCAUGCGAUGCUGAUAGAUUUUGGCGAGACCUCAAAUAUUGAUGCCACUUGUCCGCCGGGCGUUCCGCGAGAGAUUCAUCGUCUCGUGACGGCGCUUCGCACGCUGGGCCACGAUCGGUUAAACAUCACGGAAACGUUGGUGGACAACGACAAGUUCAGCAUCGUGCGAAAGGCUUUGGAGAAUGACGCGCCGAAUGAUUUGACUUUGAUAAACCGGAUGUCUCCAACGGCUUUUUACGGUGUACUUCUACGAUUGAUUGGGUCAUUUAAAGAUCCUUUAAUACCAGACCACCAUAGAGCGGCUUGCUACAAACAUUGCACAAGCCCGCCGCUGCUCUGGGGAGAGAUCGCAAAACUGGACACGAAUCGACAGGCUCUGAUCGAAUAUUUGACGAAUUACCUGCGCGAGCUUGUUUCGACUAGUGGCGAGGCUAGAAAACAUCUGUGGGCGUGGUCCGACGUCUUCUUCCACGACAACUCAUCUCCGCGCCUCGAACGCGACAAGUGCCUGACUUCGAUGGUGGACUACGCGCGAGAUGUGUCCUGCUUCCACACUUCCGCCUCGUUCAGCUCGAUCCCGCGACCGGACCCACGUCUUCGCGUCCAACUUCCCCCGCCAAUACCGCCCCACCGCAGCAGCACCAUGCCCAAUGCCAAGUUUUUGACGAGGAUGGACAAGCCGGAUUUU